AUGUUGGCUGUCUGUCACAUGGACUUGUCCGAUCUGGACCUUGCUGUGGCCCAUUCUCAGCAGGCAGUCGCAGAAGCUCCGAAUUCGGAAGAGCGGCGGCUGGCUCUGCAGGUCCAGCUCACGGCUCUGGUUCAGCGCAGAUCGCGAGGUGCACUUGGCCACCAGGGCUUGUACGACGGGCAAAGCAAGGAGUGUGAUCUUUUCGAGAGCCGAUUUGCAUCUCCCGUGACUCGCGAAAGCAAAUUUGGAAAUGUCAGCCUGACUCAGCCUGACCAGUGGAGAGCACAACUUCAAACCAUCAGCAAGCAAACGCCUCCUAUGGUGCAGGAACCCGGCCGAGUGGACGCAAGUGCUUCGGACUCUGAGUUCCAAACACUGGCCAACGAUGUCUUUGCAUCCAACCCGCGGGUUGCAGAGGAGGAGAAGAAGAGACGCUGGGGGGCCGAGAAGGGCUUCACUUCGCUCCUGGACCCCAGCCUCGAUCCGAGGCAGAAGGUAUUGGCGAAUGAGUUGCCCCGAGAGGACUUUCAUUUUAAUCGAUGGAGGUGCAUCUUCCACCCUGAUCGUGCAGUGGAGACGCUGGGACCUGUUGCACAUCUCGAGUUGUCAAUACUGAGUGCCCGGGAUCUUGUCGGAGAAGAACUUUCCUUGACGCUGCAGCCUUCUUGCAAUCCCUAUGCCAAGGUCUACCUUGAUGAUCGGCUCGCUUGCAGGACCAAGUGCCAACAGAGAACAACGACUCCAGACUGGCGCUUUCACCGAUCACUGGAUGUUGUAUGCCCCUAUUCUAUGUUGAGGAUACAGGUGGCAGAUCAGACGCACUCCAAUGUCAUGAUGAUGCGAGCUUUGCUCAGAGAUGCGCAGAUGGGCUUUGUGGAAAUCUGCCUGGGAGAUGUGCCCUUCAAUCGGGACAUCGAAGGGUGGUUCGAACUACGCUACAAGGCGCAGACGGCAGAGCCGCUCAAGGACGCAGAGCCGGCGGAUACCAAGCUGCAGAUGCGUUUGGCGCAAUGUUCCGUGCAUGCUGCUGAAGAGCUAGUCAACAGGCGCUACGUACUGGACAUGGACCGAAUGCCGGAGAGAAUCUUCGAAGCAUCAAGACCAGAGGACGCCAUGUUUGCAAUGGCACUUUGCCCGCCUGCCUCAGAAGACCAUGGCACGCAUCUGCAGGUGGACGGCGAUCCGAACUUUCACCUGCAGGGACUUUGGGACGAUGUUGCGGAUGUCAAGCGUGACCUUGUCGAGGAUGUCGCACCUGAUGCGAUGAGCUGUGUGUCCAACUUCAUCCUUUACAUUCUCCUCUGGCGGUCGUUCUUGGUGACCGGCACUCUCGUGGCUUGGCUGGUGCUGCCUCUGGCAUACUCUGCUUUGCGGCCACAUCAGCGAAAUCUCUGGCUGCUGUCUGCGGUGGUGCCUGGCAUGCUGGCAUUCAUCAUGCUGCUGCUGUCGGGCACAAAGAUCCAUCUGUCGUGUCCCAAGCUUCGAGCUUCCAUGGUGCACGGUGGAGUCAAUGCCCCGCUGACACAAGAAGGAUUUGCGAGUGCGGCUGCCUGGAGAGACAGUGCGCAGAUGGUUGCCUUCCUCAGGAGAGUUAUCGCCGAUCUUCAGGGCAUUGUGAACGAUGACCAUGAGCUGCAGUCCCUGGCUGCGCGCUGCUUCCGUGAUGGAAAGCCACGACUUACACUCUCUGAGCUCAGGACCGUACUGAAAGGCGCACACUGGGUCAGCAUCGCAGUUUCGGAGCCCGAGGAUGCAGAGAAGGCCAGUGGACAGCAAGCGCUGCUUCGCGAAGGCUUCCCGGGAACUCGACUUUCGCCUGGAGACUUGGUGCUGGUCGACAACCACGCUCGCGCGAUCGUGAAAUCUAUUGAGGAUCCUUUUGUCGUUGUGGAGUACGAUGACCCGGAACACGUGGACUUGAUCAGCCGCGAGCAGGCGAGCGAGCAGAGUACCUCCACCUCACAAAGCUACGAGACGCUUGUUCCUCUGGGUGCCGACGCAGAGGCUGUUGUUUCCGACCGUGGCGCACUGGCCAAAAGCUUUUCGGCACAGGACGCCGUGCUUCUGAAGUGCGCUUUUGUUUGGGAAAAAGCCGUAGAAGAUCGAGAGACUUCCCAAAGCAAGGUUGUCACUCCGGCCGCAGGUUCCGGAGCUACCAAAGCAGAAAACAACUUCGACCAGUCUUUCAAGACGGGUCCUGUCGCGAGGUUGGCGCUGCUGCUGGUCUUCGGCAUGCUUUCGUCCGUGUCGAUUGCCGCCUUCGUCUUGGAGCUCACCCAGGAGUCGGCAGGUCGUGCUCUUGCCAGGAUGCUGCUCAGAUAUUUCAUUCUUGGAAGCAAGAUUCUCCUGCUUGCAGUAAUUUCAGCGGUAUUCUUGUCAAAAGCUCGAUGGUUUGUGCCCGUGCGGUCUUUCUGUCGCAUUUUCUUGCGGACGCUCUGUCACAAGCGGCGAGCUCCCGACAUCUGGCCAUUCUUUCGUGAAGGCGCAGCGCAGUCAGAUGCAUCGAACGAUGAGGUAUGCGAUGCUGCUACGAAGCUUGUGGAUGAACGAAGAGAGUUUGUGCCACACGCUUCGCUGGGCUGCGCUACACGCCGCAACCGGUCUGAGGAGACUGCGAUGAUGGUCACAAGGCUCGCCGUUCUCCUGGGGGCCGCGCAGCUCUGUGGUGUUGGCGGCGUAGAGAGAGCUGAUGCUCUCACGCCGUCUGAGGCGGCAGUGCCUAUCUCGGAGGAUGACGAAUGCUCUGACGGAUCUGAAGCGGAAACAUGUGCUCUGAGCGCGUUGCAGAGGGCAGGUAUGAGGAAGGAGUACCAAGACGAGCUACUUCAAAGCGAAGAAGCAUCCGGCGAUGCUAGCAUUAUCUCAUGGAAAGGAGCACGAGAGACCGGCAGUUCCUGUUUCUGGACCAACUGUGACGAAGUUUCUCUUGGCCCGACAGAAUGCCAUCACUUCAGAUGCAUCUGCCGCGAGAACUAUUACUACAACAAGGAAGCAGACAAAUGCACGCCAGUCCCCGACAACGUCGAGGGUCAUGACACCGGUGGCAGAUGCCAUUUUUUCAGUUGCGCGGCCAGCCGUGGAUUGACGCAGUGCGUGGCUGGCAAAUGCCUGUGCAUUGCGGGAUACACGGCCGAGAACGGAGUAUGCAAGGCACAGGAAGGCUUCAGCGAGUUACCUGGAGGCGAUGUUUGUGGCACGCCCAAGAUGGAUGACCUUUGCUGGAAAGCCGUUGACUGGGCGAUGCAUGACAACAUUUACGCCAAUCCUAAGCAGUAUGCUGGUCUUCAUGCAGGAGCUUCCAGUUUCCAGGAGUUUCAGCAGUUUGUACACGAGGUCGACAAGGUCACGUGUCCCAAACCAUGUCCUGUGAACUACGAGCACUUCGACACGCCCAAAGUGCUCGAUCCCGCGUAUCAAACGAUGAAAGGUGUGUCGUAUGGGCCCGCGCCCGUGAAGAAGGCGGGGUCCCCCAUCAACGGCGACGAUUACAUGGCAGACAUCACUGGAGCGAUGUGGGCUGACUGGGGCCGCGGCGACCUGGAGCUGAUCAAGCAGUUGGGAGGAAACACCAUCCGAAUGUAUGGCAACGAUGCAAACACGAGCCACAGGGCCUUCCUGGACCUGGCCUAUGAGAAGGGCAUUGAUGUCGUUGCAGGCAUGAGCGACUUUGGCUUCACACAGGGCCCGGACAACUGUUUGAUCAACGACUGGUACUGCUUCGAUGAGGCCUACUUCUACUUUCACAAGAAUCUCUUGAUGGGUUUCGCCAUCGACUCGUUCAAGCGCUACCAUCCUGCUCUGAAAGCCUUGAUCUUGGCGAAUGAACCAGACUUGAAGGUACAUCCACGAAGUCUGACCUGCAGAGCGAUGGCAUCUGUGUUCGAUGCAAUCUUGGAAGCUGAGAAGGAUGUGGGUGUAACUGGGAACCCCAUCGCAUUGACCAUCACGUGGUCUUUUGCUCUCUUCCCAGAUGCGAACGUUCACCCCAAUGCUCCCGCUUUGGGGCAAAUGGAGGAGUUCUGGGCUUGUUUGCAGAAGGGUACCGAGAAGGAGCCCAUCAACUACACGCCCAGGAAUGAUUUGGUCCAGGCUUUUCGCAAGCGAUUUGUUCACAGUUUCAACACGGCCAACAAAGCCAGGGAGGUGGCGAACAUGAUGUUGAACAAGUAUUCUCAAAGCAGCUUCUGGACUCCGACCUUGAAGGUUCCUGUCUUCAUAGGUGAGUAUCACAGCGUCCAUGGCAACAUGGAGGAGGACCUCACAGAAGCCGUGCAGCUGGCGAAGUCUCCGAGAUAUCCCUACUUCAUGGGCUACUCUUUCUUUGAGUUCAGCCGGAGCUACUGGAAAGGAGGCCCUGAGAUGGAGUUUGGUAUGUUCGGCUAUGGCGAUUGUCCACUCAUGGACAUGAACUACACUGGCAACACAUACACCAUCUGGAAUCUGAUUCCACUCAAGGAUCGGCGUGGCAAUUCACUUCCGUCUGCACUCCGAAAGGCAUUUGCUCAGGACAGUUCUCUUCCCAAGAUACUCGCGCACGAGCACAUCCAGUGCAAAGGAUCCACUGCGGGCGAGAAGCCACACUUCUCCCGCAAACUCCUUCGCUUAGAGCAUGAUACGGCAAGCUGGUCACGAAAGAAACCAGUGGGCAUCACGCAGAAGCACGAGGUGCCUGUAGCUUUUCCGGUUUACGCAGUGACUAGAUGCCGUGAGCCGAUUGCUAGCCCAUGCCAUCAAAGAGUGGCUGCAUCGCAGAAGCGCGAUCACAAAAAAGGGAGAGCUCGGAUGUCAGUGCCCCUCGACCCAGCUUCGAGCACCCUCGACGUGGAAAUCAGGAAGCUUUGGGGCUUGCUGGCUACUCUUUGGAGGAACGGUCACCUUGAUGCGGCAAAAGACAUCCUGAAGGCAGCAAUGUUCCUUUCAGCGCAUCCUGAGGCACCCGAAGAAGUGGCGAAGUGCUGGCUGGGUGUAGGGCGUUGCUGUCACCGUGCUGGCCUGAACAAGGAAGCAGCAGCUUUUGCACAGAAGGCCUUGGCAGAUGCGAGAGUCGAAGUCGCCGCCCGGCUCCUGCUGUUAGAAGUCUCCUGCGAGAAGCUGAAGGCCGAGGAAAGUCACAAAGCGCGCCCCGAGGAGGCUUGGCUCCAGCUGGAGAUGAUGCGAAAGCACACUCCGGGCCUCUCGCUGGAGGAGGCAGCAAGAGCGGCGAAGCUCGUACUGGAGCAGCCGUCAGAGGAUUUGGCAACCGCCGGCCUGGAGUUCUUCGUCGCUUGUGCGGUGCGGGAGGAGUCCCAGGAAGAUCCGAACGGCCUGAUUAUCUCAGUGCAGCUGUUGAUCCGAGCUUUGGAGUUGAAGCGAUCGGACACGGAGCUGCUGCAGCGUUUGGACGCCGUUGCGGCGGUUUCGGCCAGGGUGUCGCUUCACGCUGAACUUCGCAACUGUGCGCCUGCUACUCCCGGGCUUGCGGCGCUUCGAGAAGCUGUGUCUUUGGCCUGGAGCAGAGGACAAGAACUUGGAGACAGUUGCCAGUGGGAACUGGCAGCUUCCAUGUUCGAGCGCAUCCACCGCAUCCUGCAGCCACUCGACACCCUAACACCGCAUGGACCAGACCUUGAUGUUGCAAGGCUUCAAGAGCUCUGGAGUGCGAGGGCCUGGUGUUUGGUGCUGGAGGCAUCUGCCAGAAUCCAGCAGGCGAAGGAUCUUAAGACGAAUGCUCAAGACCGAAGCAUGCAUCUGCAGCAAGCACGUUGCAAUCUGGACACGGCUCACAGGCUUCGUCGCCAGUCGGAGAAGGUGUCAGCAGAGAGCUUGGACAAGACCGAGCUCCGGAGUUCUCCCUGGUCUCAUCGGCUCUUCAUGAUCCUCGUGCUUGUGGAGUUUGAGGUGAAGUGUCUGACCGGUGAAACUGAGGUAAGCUUGCAACAAUUCGUCGAUCAGGCAUCUUCUCAUGAAGCAGUUGGCCUCCAUAGCCUCUUGGCGAUGGCCAAAAUUCUUGCGGCAUCUUCAUACCGACGGUUGGCCAUUCAUUGCUUGCAAAGCUAUCUUCGUGUCCUGACUGCGACACGGGCUGCUGUGGACUACAAGCAGAUCGUCGCUGCCUAUCGCAACAUGAUAGCCUUGCUGUCCUCCCGGAAUGAUGGCUUCCGCCUUUUCGAAGGUCUCUGCAAGAUUUUGAGCCAAGCCAGCCAAGCAGACGAGCUGGCCUCCUCGGUCUCCUUGGAGGAAGAAGCGGCCUGGCUGAUCGCCAAGUCUUGGAAUACCGGCAGGCACUUCUAUCGCCUGCAGCAGUACAGGUAUGCGGAGCACUGGAUGAGCAACAGCCUGUCCUUCGCCAAGAUCUUCCCCGGCAAGACUAAUGUUGGGGGCGUGCGCUCGGCAGGUGUUCCAGUUGGCAUGGAAGUGGAAGAUGAUGAAGACCUCGCGGCUGCAAUUGAGUGGGAUCAGAAGUCCAAGCGAAGUGCCAACAACGAGCUAGGUCAGAAGGGCGAAGCGAGCGUUGGCGAAUGGCUGAAAUCAGGGGUGGUCCUUUGCAACCUGGUCAAUGCCAUUCAGCCUGGACUCAUCAGGACUGUGAACCAGCAGUCUGUACCAUUCAAGCAGAUGGUGGCUUUGGUGCAGUAUGCCCUGGGUGGUGCGGUGCAAACCGUAUGCCCUGACUUCACAGGGCCAAAGCUGGGAAUACCCCUCAUCGCUAAGGGCAAGGAUGUGAAAGUGAAGGGCAAGACCUCGUCUCAUCUCCUGCAUCUGGAUCCAGACCAGGUCGCCUCCAUGCGUGAAGAGCUCGAGCUCGUGGAGGAAAAUCAGCUUCUGCGCAAGAAGGCCGAGGUGGACAUCCCCCACUGGGCCUCUCAAGUGAGGCUGAUGGCACAAGAGGUGGAAGAGGCGCUGUAA